CCCGUCUGUUUGAAUCGGGACAACUUGCCUCAGUUCCAUACGGCCGUCGAACUCGCAGCACUAUCAGACGCGAUCGAGACGGCUUGCAAGCUCACCAACGCUUUAGGCGUCAAGUUCCUAUGGGUUGAUGCUUUGUGCAUCGUCCAAGGGGCGGUGACUGGAACGAGCAGGCGCCCAACAUGUCAACCAUCUACCGAAACGUGUCAACCAUCUACCGGAACGCGCUCCUGACCAUCGCCGUCGUCGACAACGUGUCGGCCGACGAGGUGCUACAGCAACCUUUGAUCCCUGUCAACCUCGAUCUGCGCGAGCAGGAGAACCGCACAUACCUCUGCGCUAGCCGCAAGAGCGACUAUCGCGCGCAGGGCGACCUGGACACGCGCGGCUGGACGCUGCAGGAGCGCAGCCUAUGUCGGCGCGUCCCGGGCGAUUGGACGCAGGACGAGGACGAGGACGAGGACGAGGACGAGGGCGAGGGGUGGGACUGGGUGGACGAUUUUGCCGCCACAAAAUGUCUACUGAUGUUCCAGUCUGAGCGGCCGACCGGGUCCGGGACGCAGUAUUGCAUGGUACUCAGACCGACGGGCCGGGGAGCGAACGAGUACGUCCGCUUGGGCCUGUGCGAGUUCAAGUGGAAGUCGGGCGCGUCGUUAGAGCCACUGCAUGUCUGCUUGGAGAGCAAAGAGACGUGCCCAGAUCUAACUGCACAUCGGGGCGACUGCAUGGGGGACUACGAGACGGUUUUGAUCGUGUGACCCAUCAUUUUGGCACCAGAUACU